AUGGCUCACAGUGCUUGCUUGUUGAGACUUGAGUUUGUGGAAACAGUUGCAAUGCUUCAAAUAGUGUUAUUGCUAAUUCUCUCCAGUACAAUAACAGAGUUUGCUUUUAGUAGUGAUGCUCGGGUUAUAGGCUGCCUAGAGACAGAGAGAGAAGCUCUUAUUGACUUCAAGGAUGGUCUUGAAGAUCCUGAAAACCGGCUUUCAUCCUGGAGAGGAAGCAACUGCUGCCAAUGGUGGGGGAUACACUGCAACAAUACAACUUCAGCUGUUAUAGCAGUUGAUCUCCAUAACCCGCAUCUGCUGAUUUCAUACAAUGAUUCUUCUAGCAGGUAUGGAUUCUGGAACCUUAGUGGUGAAAUUAGACCGUCAUUGAAAAUGCUGGAGUCUUUGAAACAUUUAGACUUGAGCUUCAAUACAUUCAAUGGCAUUUCAAUUCCUGCAUUCUUCGGUACCCUGAAGAAUUUGCAGUAUCUAAAGCUGUCACAUGCUGGGUUUAGUGGCGGAAUUCCUCCAAAUUUAGGGAACCUCUCUAGCUUGCAGUAUCUUGAUGUGUCGUCUAAUUUUGUAUCUGUUGAUAACCUUCAAUGGAUGACUGGUAUGAGAUCUAUGGAAUAUCUCAAUAUGAAUGGAGCUGACCUUUCAAUGCUAGAACCAGAAUGGAUUGAGACGCUUAAUAAACUCUCGUCCUUAACUGAAUUGCAUCUGUCGCAUUGUCGCUUGUCUGGUUUAAUUCACCCUCUCAGAGUUAUCAAUUUUACUUCUCUUGCUGUAAUAGAACUUGAUUUUAACAGCUUCAACUCAGAGAUACCCAGUUGGCUUGUCAAUAUCAGUAGUCUUGAAGGUGUCAGUAUAAGCUAUUCUGGCUUGUAUGGAAGGAUUCCACUUGGUUUCAGUGAAUUACCAAGUUUGAAGGUUUUGGAUCUUUCCGGGAAUAAAAAUCUAACAGCAAGUUGCUCUCAGCUUUUCAGAGGAGGAUGGAAAAAGACACAAGUUAUUUAUCUAACUUCCAGUAACUUACAUGGUAAAUUUCCUGCUUCCUUUGGCAACAUGACAGCUCUCACUCAUUUUUAUCUUUUUUGGAACAAUGUCGAGGGUGUGAUCCCGAGCUCCAUCGGUAAACUUUGCAACCUAAGAGUUUUUUCCAUAUCUGGUAAUAACCUAACAGGAUUACCUGAAGUCCUAGUAACAGGAAACUGCAGUUCUAGGACUCCGCUGCCUAGUCUACAGCGCUUUGAUUUGUCAGUCAAUCAAUUGGUCGGUAAAUUGCCCGAAUGGUUGGUUCAGCUUGAGAAUCUUGUUGAACUAAGUCUGUCCUAUAACUCACUCUCUGGUCCCAUCCCUUCUUCAUUAGUUUCAUUACCAAGCAUUUCCACUCUGAAUCUUGGACAUAAUAAACUAAAUGGGACUCUACCAGAUAGUUUGGGAAAACUUUCUCAAUUGUCUUCCUUUGAUGUUUCUUUUAAUCAUUUGACAGGUAUUAUAACCGAAACACAUUUUUCGCAGCUCAGUAAGCUGACAAUCUUAGAUCUGUCUUCCAACUCUUUAACAUUAAAUGUCAGUUCAAAUUGGAUCCCUCCAUUUCAAGUCUUGCAUCUUGAUCUAGGCUCAUGCCAUUUGGGUCCAUCAUUUCCUGCUUGGUUAAGAUCACAAAAGGAGGUCAAGUCUCUAGAUUUCUCCAAUGCUAGCAUUUCAGGUUCCAUUCCUAACUGGUUCUGGGAAAUCUCAUCUAACCUUUCACUGUUAAACAUUUCAUUCAAUCAGUUAGGAGGUCAGAUCCCAAAUCGGUUAAAUGUUCAACCAAAUGUGGCUAUUGACAUGAGCUCCAACUUCUUUGAAGGUCCAAUUCCUCUACCAACUGCUACUGUUGGGUUACUAGAUUUAUCCAACAAUGCCUUUUCAGGUCAUAUCCCAAAGACCAUUGGGGAAACCAUGCCAGACUUGCUCUUCCUCUCUCUUUCACGAAACCAACUAAUAGGUGAAAUCCCAGCAUCUAUAUGCAAAUUUUGGUCUAAAGUAAGAGUCAUUGAUCUUUCAAAUAACAUGUUAAAUGGAAAUAUUCCACCUAGCAUAGGUAACUGUUCUUAUCUAGAGGCUCUGGACCUGAGCAAGAACAAUCUAUGUGGAAACAUUCCCAGCUCCUUAGCACCGUUGAGUAUGCUUAAAACACUGCACCUAAGUGACAACAAACUCUCUGGAGACCUCUCACAAUCUUUGCAGAACAUGUCGAGUUUGGAGACACUGGAUAUUGGAAACAACAUGCUCACAGGAAGAAUUCCACCAUGGAUUGGGAAAGGUUUUGAACAUCUGAGAAUAUUGAGGUUGAGGUCAAAUGCUAUUUUUGGAGAACUUCCGAUCACGCUAACAAAUUUAAGUUCUUUGCGUGUCCUGGACCUUGCAGAAAAUCAAUUCAAUGGAAGCAUUCCAGCUAGCUUUGGAGAUUUCAAAGCUAUGGCUCAAGCGCAAAACAUGAACCGCUAUCUAUUCUAUGGGAUGUACAGGGGCAGGUACUAUGAUGAAAGCUUGAUUGUGAACUUAAAAGGCUCACCUCAAAUAUACACCAAGACUCUCUCCCUUGUUAUCAGCAUAGACCUCUCUGGAAAUAAUUUGAGUGGAGAUCUUCCUGAAGAAAUAACUAAACUGUCUGGUUUGGUUGUUCUGAACUUAUCCGGAAACCAAAUAAGCGGUGGCAUUCUGCAAGACAUUUCAAAGUUGACGCAGUUGCAAUCGCUUGAUCUUUCUAGUAAUAGGUUCUCAGGUCUUAUUCCUCAAAGUUUGUCUUCACUUUCAUUCCUGGGGUAUCUAAAUUUGUCAAACAAUGACUUCUCUGGUAUGAUCCCAUAUACAGCUCAUUUGACAACUUUUGAUGCAGCCUCUUUUACUGGAAAUCCAGGCCUUUGUGGUCAUCCUCUUGUUGUAAGCUGUCCGGGUGCUGAUCCCGGCAAAGGAGGAGGAACUGUGGAAGAUAAUGACAGUGGCGACAGCUUCAUUGAUAAGUGGUUUUAUUUGAGUGUUGGAUUGGGAUUUGCAGCAGGUCUUCUGGUUCCUUUUUUCAUUUUAGCAAUCAGAAAGCCUUGGAGUGAUGCCUAUUUUCGUUUCGUUGACAAAGUUUUAGAGAGAAUAUCAUGUUUGAGAAACAGAAGAGCAGUACAUCACAGGACCAGGCGUCCUCACCUGAGCUAAC